CACAGGCUUCAAUCCAAUGACAGCAGGCGUGAGCACUGGGCACUGGGCACUGGGCGAGCACAAGACCCAGAUCCAGAAAGAACCCCCUCCCCCGCCUUCACAAAAUCCACGAGCAAAAGCAAAAUCGCAACGCAUCAAGCAGGUCCACCUUGAAGCUCCCGACUUUGCUGUUUUUCCUCCUUCUUUUCCACUCUCCACCAUCCACACCCCAAGGUAGGUAGCUUCAACAUCCGCCCAAUCUUUGACGCCGCACAUUUAUUCUAAGCCUUAGUUAGUAGUAAACAGUCUAUCGCUGUACAUUUGCCCAAAAUGGCGUCCGAAACUACCAAGCAGGAGAUCGACUACUCCCUCAACAACCCGGAUACCCUCACCAAGUACAAGACCGCUGCUCAGAUCUCUGAGAAGGUCCUUGCCGAGGUCUCCAAGCUCGUUGCUGCCGGCGAGAAGAUUGUCGACAUCUGCGAGAAGGGUGACAAGCUCAUCGAGGAGGAGCUUGCCAAGGUCUAUCGCGGCAAGAAGAUCACCAAGGGCUUCUCCCACCCCACUACCGUCUCUCCCGCCGCUUUCGUCACCCCCUACACUCCCUUGACCUCGGACGAAAAGGAGGCCGCUGUUGAGAUCCAGGCCGGUGAGCCCGUCAAGAUUCAGCUCGGUGCUCAGAUCGAUGGCUUCGGUUCCAUAGUUUGCGACACCGUUGUUGCCCCUGCCAAGGACCAGACCGAUGAUGUUAUCGAGGGCCGCAAUGCUGACCUGAUGCUCGCCAACUACUACGCCAACGAGCUCCUCCUCCGCCUUAUGGUUCCCCCUGGCCUCCUCGCUACCGGUACCGAUGAGGAGAAGGCCAAGGCCGCCUCCCAGAAGCCUCCUUCGCAGGCCAAGAUCACCGAACUUCUCCAGAAGGUUGUCCAGGCUUACGACUGCAACCUUGUUGAGAGCACCACCUCGUGGCUCUUCGACCGCAACGAGAUUGAGGGCAAGAAGAAGAUCGUUAUUGCUCCUGGCGACAACACCAAGGGCGAGGGUGUUCCCGAGGUUGGCGAGGUCUGGGGUGUCGAGAUGGGCGUCAGCUUGGGAUCCGGCAAGGUCAAGCAGUUCGAGAACCGCACCACCCUUCACCGCCGCACCACCACCACCUAUGCCCUCAAGCGUCCCAGCUCGCGCAAGCUUCUUUCUGAGGUCCAGAAGAAGUUCGGUACCUUCCCUUUCAGCUUGAGGCAGCUUGAGGACGAGCGUGAUGCCAAGUCUGGUGUCAUUGAGUGCGUCCGUGGAAACGUGUUCCGCGCUUACGAGGUUGUUGGCGACAAGGACAACUCCCCUGUUGCCAGACUCCUUACCACUGUUGCCAUCACCAAGAACGGCCUCACCAAGCUUGGCGCCGCCCCUGCGCUCGAUCUCUCCAAGUUCAAGACCGACAAGAAGAUUGAGGAUGAGGAAAUUCUUGCCAUCCUUGCCCAGCCCCUCUCCAGGAACACUGGCAGCAAGAACAAGAACAAGAAGAAGAAGGCCGCUAAGAAGGAGGGGGAGAAGGCCGAUGAGGAGUAAAUGGACAGUUUGGACAUGAUUGGCUGUAGUAGUCUGAUGUAUGGAUUAAUGUGGAAAGUUGGGCUACCUUAGCUCGAAAGUUGCCUCUUCCCUGGCUAAUUCCGGUGCAUCUUUUGGGUUGUUGGUCCUUGGAUGGAACAUUUGGUCCGGCACGCUUUGCAUCCCCGUGGCAUUCACGAGGGGUAACCCGCAAGCGACAACUGGUUCCAUCAGAGACAGGAGGGGACCGAAAGAAGGUGGGAGGAUUCAUCCCAGUGACGAACCUUCCUCAUUGCAACCUUUUUUUUUUUUUUUCUUUUUUUUUUUUCUU